GCCUGCGGCAGAAGCUCCGUCCGGGCAGUCAAGCUGGCUUCCGACGACGACGACGAAGGCGGCGCUGCCGCCGCCAUGGAGCCCUGCGCCACGACGGGCGGCUCCAGCGACAAGAAAAGGAUUAGUUCAGAACGCAGAAAGGAGAAGUCCAGAGAUGCAGCCAGGUGCAGGAGGAGUAAGGAAUCGGAGGUGUUCUAUGAACUGGCUCACCAGCUGCCUCUUCCCCACCAUGUGAGCGCACAUCUCGACAAAGCCUCAAUUAUGAGGCUAACGAUCAGCUACCUGCGCAAGAAACUGCUUGAUGCAGGUGACCUGGAAGCAGAAGCUGAAAUGGAGACUCAGCUGAAUUGCUUUUACUUAAAAGCUCUUGAUGGAUUUGUCAUGGUUCUCUCAGAGGAUGGAGACAUGAUCUACAUGUCUGAAAAUGUGAACAAGUGCAUGGGGCUCACACAGUUCGAGUUGACCGGACACAGUGUGUUUGAUUUCACUCAUCCGUGUGACCAGGAAGAGUUGAGAGAAAUGCUCACCCACCGGAAUGGUCCUGUGAAAAAGGGGAAGGAACAUAACACGGAGCGCAGCUUUUUCCUCAGAAUGAAGUGUACAUUGACCAGCCGAGGAAGAACUGUCAAUAUAAAGUCUGCCACAUGGAAGGUACUUCAUUGCACGGGCCACAUUCGCGUCUAUGACAAUUGCAACAACCAGACAGUGUGUGGAUAUAAAAAGCCCCCCAUGACGUGUUUGGUGUUAAUCUGUGAACCCAUCCCCCCAUCAAAUAUUGAAGUCCCCUUGGACAGCAAGACGUUCCUCAGCCGCCACUGCCUUGACAUGAAAUUUUCAUACUGUGAUGAAAGGAUUACGGAACUGAUGGGAUACAACCCCGAUGAGCUCCUGGGUCGCUCCAUAUAUGAAUAUUAUCAGCUGGACUCUGAUCAUCUGACCAAAACACACCAUGACAUGUUUGCUAAAGGACAAGUGACCACCGGGCAGUACAGAAUGCUUGCCAAACAUGGGGGCUAUGUUUGGGUCGAGACUCAAGCAACAGUCAUAUACAACAAUAAGAAUUCUCAGCCACAGUGUAUAGUGUGUGUGAAUUAUGUCUUGAGUGGCAUUGUUCAGGGCGAUUUGAUUUUUUCACUCCAGCAAACCGAGUGCAUGUUGAAACCAGUGGAUUCCCCUGAGAUGGGGAUGAUCAAAAUACUGGACAAGACUGAACUGGAAGACAGCAACAGCCUCUAUGAGAAGCUUAAGAAGGAGCCAGAUGCAUUAACAUACCUUGCUCCGGCAGCUGGAGACACCAUAAUAGCGUUGGAUUUCGGCAAUGAUGAGUCUGAUGAGCAGCAGUUUGAUGACGCUCCCUUAUAUAACGAUGUAAUGCUCCCCUCAUCCAGUAAGAAAUUGCAGAGUAUAAAUUUGGCCAUUUCCCCUCUGCCUGCUUCCGAAGCUACAAAGCCACUCCGUAGCAAUGCGGACCCAGCACUCAAUAGAGAGGUGGUGUCCAAGCUGGAGCCCAGCACAGAGCCCUUGGAUCUUGCUUUCUCCCUCCGUCGGAUGCAAGAAAAACCAGAUACUCCUUCUGAUGGAAGCCCCAGCCAAAGCCCACCUGAGCCCAGUAGUCCUCCUAAUGACUAUUGCUUCAAUGUGGACAGCGAGAUUGACAGCGAGUUCAAGUUGGAGCUGGUGGAAAAGCUAUUUGCAAUAGACCCGGAGUCCAAAAACCCAUAUUCUAUUCAGGAAACUGAUUUAGACCUGGAAAUGUUGGCGCCCUACAUACUGGACGAUGACUUCCAGCUGCGCUCCUUUGACCAGCUCUCUCCGCUGGAGAAUUCGGCAAGCCCGCCUUCCAAUGUGGGCACAGUCACGGGAUAGCCUGCCGCAGACAAGAUACUACCUGCGACCAUCAAACACGAGGAUGGAUCGACGACACUGAUUGCUCCUGUUCACAUCGUCAUAGAAGCUAACAGUGCCUCAGCAUCACCCCAUGCUGAGAAUCUCAGUCGAACGACGUCUCCAGUUAGAGAAGGAAAAGGCACGACAGAGCAGAAAGAGACGCCGAGCCCAGGAGUGCCAAACUUGUUAACAGUCACGCUGGGUAAAAGUAGAUCAACUGCUGCAGCAAAUGAAGAAAUUAAUCCAAAGUUAAUAGCUCUGCAUAAUAUUCAGAGGAAACGGAAAAUGGAACAGGAUGGCUUGCUUUUCCAAGCAGUGGGGCUUGGCACAUUACUGACGCAGUCAAGUAGUCCUGGGGGAAAUGUGUCCCUGGCUUGGAAACGCAUAAAAGGGUGUAAAUCUAAUGGGCAGAAUGAGGUGUCGGAGAAGACGGUCAUUUUAUUACCAUCAGAUAUAGCAAGUAAACUUCUAGGGCAAGUCCAUUGACGAGAAGGGACUCCGCAACUUACCAGCUAUGACUGUGAAGUAAACGCACCCAUACAAGGCACCCGCAACUUGCUACAGGGUGAAGACUUGCUCACCCUGGAUCAAGUCAACUGAGCUUUCCACACACACAACUGUUCUGUUUCCUUGGACACUGGUGACCCACCACCUAAAGCAGUCUAUUUAUAUUUUUCAUAUCUGAUUUAGAAGCCUGGCUACAAAUACUGCCACUAAUUCAGUUAGUUUGGUUCUGAUCCCCUUUCUACUUUGGACAGUCCUUUUAAAACAACAAUGUUCUUUAUGUAACAACAGUAGUAAAAACUUUGCUAAUGGUGCAUUUUUUGGUACAUAAACAAUCAAAAGUCCAGUAUGUUUAGAACACACUUGCAAUGGCAGCUUUGGAGUAGGCACCUUUUAAAAAAGUAUUUAUUUUUAUUUUGGAUCAAGCGUUUUUGUCACUGAAAAUAUUUCUUAUCAAGCGAAUCACCACCGCGGUGAAACUGUCUAAGCCUUCUCUCAGCGUGAAUUGAAGGCAUUGUGUGCUCUGAUGUUCAGAUAAAUUUUUACUUUACUUUUUUAAAGAAGAGAAACAUUGCUUUGCAGCGGUGCAUUUGUAGCCACAAUCGCACAAUCUAUUUUCUUAAGAAAAUAAAAUGAAAUGCCAGCAGUUCCUCAUGCAAUAUAUACUGCAUUUAUAAAGCUAGUUUUUAAAGAAAAACUUUUUUAAAUUUCUUU